AUGAGCUCCCCUUCCAGCUCUGGCAUCUAUGUGAGCCGCGGGGUGGCCCUCCUGCUGGCCGGGCUGACGGUCGCGCUCCUGAUGGUGCUGGUGGCUCUGGCUGCCCUGUAUGGCAACUGCGCGCGCGUCCAGCCUUCAGAGCAGCAUAGCCCCGGGGUGAAGGGCACCGCGUUAUCCCUUCCUGGCGGGCAGGAGCAGGGGCCACCAACCCGGACACCAGAGACUGCACCUGAACCAGCGUUGGCCACCACCUCGCAAGACUGGCGCCCCCCGUCGGGGCCCUGGGACCAUCUGCGCCUACCGCCCUGGCUUGUCCCGCUUCACUAUGAUCUGGAGCUGUGGCCCCGGCUACGGCCGGAUGACCUGUCCACGCCGAGUUUGACCUUCACGGGUCGCGUGAACAUCACUGUACGCUGCACAGUGGCCACUUCGAGAUUACUGCUGCACAGCUUCUUUCUGAAUUACAAGCAAGUGGAAGUGUGGGGUCCCCUGGCCCUGGACACUAGGAACGCCACUGUAGGCCGUGUGCCAGUGGACAAUGUGUGGUUCCGGUUGGACAUGCACUACAUGGUGCUGGAUCUGGGCCAGGUCUUGCAUCCAGGUAGCAGAUAUGAGCUGAACCUCGGCUUCUCUGGCCAAGUGCUUCAGGACACCUCAGAGGGGCUCUUCCUGAACUUCUACACCGACCAGGGUGAGCACAGAGCCCUGAUUGCAUCCCAAAUGGAACCAACAUUUGCCAGGAACGUUUUCCCCUGUUUUGAUGAGCCAGCUCUGAAGGCAACUUUUAAUAUUACAGUUAUUCACCAUCCUGGGUAUGUGGCUCUUUCCAAUAUGCCACAGCUAGGUCAGUCUGAAAGAAUCGAUGUGAAUGGGAGCAGAUGGACGGUCACCACCUUCCAUACCACACCCCGCAUGCCAACGUACCUGGUCGCACUUGCUAUAUGUGAUUUCGACCAUGUCAGCAGAACUGAGAGAGGCAAGGAGAUACGUGUCUGGGCCCGGAAAGAUGACAUUGCAGAAGGAAAUGUAGACUUUGCUGUGAACAUCACAGGUCCCAUCUUUUCAUUUCUGGAGGAUUUGUUUAAUAUCAGUUAUCCACUUCCAAAAACAGAUAUAAUUGCCUUGCCUAAUUUUGACAAUCGUGCAAUGGAAAAUUGGGGACUGUUGAUAUUUGACGAAGAAUCCUUGUUGCUGGAACCAGGUGAUGAACUGACCGAGAAAAGGGCUAUGAUCUUGGCCGUCAUCUCCCACGAGGUUGGGCACCAGUGGUUCGGGAACCUGGUGACCAUGAGUUGGUGGAGCAAUAUUUGGCUCAACGAGGGCUUUGCAUCUUAUUUCGAACUUGGAAUAAUUAGCUACUUCUAUCCUAAGCUUCCGAAGAAUGAGAUCUUUUUUUUUAACAUUUUACAUGGUGUCCUUAGAGAAGAUCAUGCCCUGGAGUCUAGAGCUGUGUCCACUGAGGUGGAAAAUUUCACAGAAACAAGUGAAAUAAAUGAACUCUUUGACAUAUAUACUUACAACAAGGGAGCAUGUAUGGCCCGGAUGCUUGAUGGUUUCCUGAACCAGCAUGUGUUUAUCAACGCACUUAAGUCAUAUUUGGAGACUUUUUCUUACUCAAAUGCUGAGCAAGACGAUCUGUGGAGACAUUUUCAAAUGGCCAUAGAUGAGCAGAAUAUAACCCAUUUGCCAACAACAGUGAAAAGCAUAAUGGACAGCUGGACAUACCAAGGUGGUUUUCCAGUCGUCACAUUAAACGUGUCUACAGGUGUCAUGAAACAAGAGCCAUUUUAUCUCGAAAAGGCUGAAAAUCGAACUCUUGCAAACCACAAUAACACAUGGAUUGUCCCUAUUUUUUGGAUGAAAAAUGGAACCACACAACCUUUAGUCUGGCUAGACAAGAGCAGCAUGGUAUUCCCUGAGAUGCAACUUUCAGAUUCUGACAGUGACUGGGUGAUUUUAAACUUCAACGUGACUGGAUAUUACAGAGUUAAUUAUGAUGAGUUAGGUUGGAAGAAAUUAAAUCAACAGCUUGAAAAGGAUCCUAAGGCCAUUCCUGUCAUUCACAGGUUGCAGCUGGUGAGCGAUGCCUUUGCCUUGUCUAAAAACAAUUAUAUUGAAAUUGAGACAGCACUUGAUUUAACCAAGUACCUUGCUGAAGAAGAUGAAAUCCUAGUGUGGUUUGAAGUCUUGGUAAACUUGAUAAACAGGAAUGUUAUUUCUGAUGUGAACAACUAUGCUAUAUACCCAUUAUUGAAGAAGUAUUUACUAAAGAGACUUAACUCAAUAUGGAAUACUUAUUCAGCUAUAAUUCGAGAAAAUGUGGCCACAUUACAAGACAAUUAUUUAGCUCUGCUGUCACUGGAAAAAUUUGUUGAAGCUGCCUGUUGGUUGGGUCUUGAAGACUGUCUUCAGCUGUCCAAAGAGCUCUUCAGAAAAUGGAUGGCCGAUCCAGAGGCUGUAAUACCUUAUCCAAUUCAAAGAGUCGUUUUAUGCAAUGGCAUUGCUUUGGGAAGUGAUAAGGAGUGGGACUUUCUGUUAAGUUUCUACAUCAAUACAACCGAGGAAGAGGCAAGGAUCCAUCUUCUUCAGGCAUUGAGCUGCAGUAAAGAACCAUGGCUACUCAACAGAUUUAUGGAGUAUGCCAUCACUGUGUCUCCGUCCCCUUUUAAUGACACAAAUAUAAUAGAAGUUGUGGCGGCAUCUGAAGUUGGCCGGUAUGUGGCAAAGGACUUUCUAAUCAACAAUUGGCUGGCUGUGAGUCAGAGGUAUGGACCCGAGUCACUAGAUGGUUUAGUGUGGGUCCUAGGGAGGACUGUAAGCACAGAUCUUCAGGUUAUGGAGUUGCAGUGGUUCCUGGGAAAUGUGUUGGAGGAGCACCAGAGGAUUGCGGCUCAUGCCAAAUUACAGGCAAUGAAGACAGAGAAUCUGAAAAACAAGAAGAGGAUUGCCAGGAUGACUGAGUGGCUUCGGAAAAACACAUAAUUUGUGGCCACUUGUAGCAUGCUUCCUGCGUUUUAUAAUCGUGUUUGCUCACAGUUCUGUCUUCCAUAUUUAGUGACUCUGGAAAGCUGCAUGGCUUCUUUUAUUUUGGUUAUGUUUUUUUCUACUUAGUCAUGGCCUUCCUGUUUUCACACCUUACCCCAAGGAUCAGUGAUUGCUGAGGAUUUUGUCAACACUGCCAUGUAUCUGGGCAAACCUUCACUUCCCAUUGAGCAAUAAAGUCACCAAAUUUAAGUGCCUUGCAAAAAAACAAAACAAAAAAAACACCAAAACCAGAUUGACCUGAAAAAGUCUCACUUAUUUUGAUGUGAAGGCUAGUGGAGCAUUAAAUCAGUGGCAUUAAUGUAGUGCAGAUUCUAUUCAGAUGGAAAUCCAGACUUGGAAUAACUCUAUGCUUUACUUAGUUUAAAAAUGAAGGAAUGAUGGGAACACAACAUUGCAGUGUAAAGAAAGAGGAGCCAGAAAUAAAUGAGAUCACUAGGAGAACGCGCAACCAAAGAAAGCAGAGUCUAGUCAAGGCUGAAAAGGAGACAUGAACAAUUUCAGGAGUCAUAUCAAAUGCCCCAAAGCAAAGCAAAAAAAAAGAAAAAAGAAAAGUCUUCUCCCCAAAGUCAAGCCGGAGCACAGUGAUCGCCAUUUCGUACUCAGGAGAACAAAUUCAGUUGGCCAAGUGGAGCAAUAGACUUUCAAGAGUCGCUGACUAACACAUGGAAAGAGCUUAGUUUUGUUAUACACAGGAUGAAAAUCAGGACAGUGAAGCACACUGCUCCUGCUUCAGAUGCUGGGUAUCUCAUCCAGUCCUUUUUCCUUUACACCUCGUUGGUGUUUUUUUAGAAUGAGGGUCAAAAUCGCUUAUCUCCUAACUACCUCACAGUAGUAUUGUAAAGAUUAAUGAAUAUGCUAUCAAUGCAAAGACUUUAGAACUUCCAGACAAGACUAGAAGCUUAGAAGAUUGUUUCGUGUGACUUUAUUAAUGAGCAGUCAUGGGAAAGACUAUAUAUUUCAGAGACAGAAAGAAAGGAGAGCAUCAGGAAUCAUGAAGAUGGCAGGACUGGAAACCAGCACAAAGAAACAGACCAAGAAGGGAAAGAAGAAAUAGGCCAUGGUGUGACACUCCAUCCAUGGUCUGUCACCGAGCACACACAUAUUCAAAAUUAACACUACCUAAAUAGAAACAUAAGUCAUUAUACAUUCAAAUGUUUAUUUGAAAUUCGUAGCAUCUCACAUUACUAAAAUUUAAAAUAUCUCUAAGUUUUCUAGAGAAGGCUUUGCAUCUAUACACAUGGUGAAUGGAACAUAAAGUCACCAUGCUCAUGUCCCAACUUCCUCUACUUCAUAGCAAUGCCCACGUAGCACACUGCUAACUCAUACAACCAAUGAGGAACAGUCAUAAACCCAGAAGAUUUCAUUAUACCACGCCUUGCAUAUGGCUGUGUG